AUGAAAAUAAUUACCUAUAGUUUUGAUUGUACUAAUAGUCAUUUGAUACUAGUAACUGAUGUUGGCCUGAAUUGUAUAAUAUUGUAUGAUUCUACCCUAAAUGAGGUUUCUAAACUGUGUGGAGGUCUAGGUUCUGUGCGUAUAUUUGAGCCCACAUAUAUUUCAUGCGCUGACACUUCUAACGAAAUGGGACAGUGCAUAAACACUUUGGAUGGAUUCAGAUACGAAGCUGAUGAAAAUUCAAGAUUCAUUCAGUGUUUUAUAACACAACCUCAUGAAGGAAACUUGUUAUGGGUUCAAGUUGAUAUAUUUUACAAUAAAUUGACAUUAAUAGAAUCAUAUGCUGGUGGACAAAUGAGCGAUACCAUUUCUGAAUCACGCAAAUAUAAGAAACGGUUUAUUACACCUUCAUUGAUGACUCCUAUAUCAGUUGAAACUGUUUCAUAUGGGAAAACAAUUUUAAUUUAUAUUGUUGAAUCAGAGAAUCCAGCUGUAUCACUUUUAACCUUGGAUUUGGGCAGCGAAUUAAAAAAGAUUUACUAUUACGGCAGGACCGAAUUGAACAUGAUAUCAUACGGAAAUUUUGUUCACAUUUCAAAAUUGUCGAUGAGCGUUGAAAACAAUGAUGAAAUGGAUGAUCAGGACUAUGUAAUGCUAUUCAGAUUGGGACCUAGAGGAAAUGACUACAAUAGAAGUGGAUCGUCAUCUAUCAAUAUCAUUAAUAUUAAUGAUACUGUUUUUAUCAACAAUUUUGAGUACAACACUCCAGAAUGGAUAGUAAUUGGAGAAGAAUUAAAUUUUCGACCAAAAAUAGAUUCUGGAAACAAACAAAACCUAAUAAGAUAUGAGUUGGAUAUUUUAAAUAAUGAGCAUCAGAACUCGCAAGAACAGCAAUCAGAUGAUAUGAAAUAUCUGAAAACUAUAAAAACAAAUUAUGAUUGGAAUGGUAACGCCAUUCAUAAGAAUGAGAUAAAAAUAAAUAGUGAUACUGGAAAAAUAACUAUUAAGAUUAAUUAUAUUUACAAACUGGUGCUUUCAAUACGUGUGACUGCAUUUGGGUUUAUAGAAUCUAAAAGCACAUACUUAAAAUUUAAAGUCUCUUGUAAAGAUGGUUAUUUUUUCACAGAAAAAGAUGAUGAUGAUUUAAAUGAGGAAUCUAAUGGCUGCAAAAUCUGCCAAAGAGGGGAAUUCAAUUCACUGGCCAUGAUAAAAUCUGAUAUUUUGAACUGGAAAAAAUGUACCAAAUGCCCCGAAAGAGAAAUAACAAUAAGCGAGGGCUCUACUUCUAGCACUCAAUGUUUGUGUGCACCAGGAUAUGAAUACAUAUCUGAUGGUACUAAUAGGUGUGAACCAUGUGAAGCAGGUAAAUGGAAGAGCUCUGUUGGACUGCAAAAAUGCAUCGGAAAUGGCUGUUACAAUAAUUCCUUUUCAAAUAAAAUUGGUAGUAUUUCUGAAGAAGAUAGAGAAUGUAGUUGUUAUGAAGGUUAUUAUUUCAAAAAUAUAGGUGGUGUUAAAGAGUGUGUACCUUGCGAGGACGGAUAUUUCUGUCCUGGUGGAAUACAUGGAAAGAAAUACAAGUGUCCAACAAAUACUACAACCGUAGUGAUUGUGAAUUCUAAUGGUUCUUUCUUAAGAUUACCUUUGUCAAUUGAUGAAUGUAUGUGCAAAAAAGGUUAUGAAAUUGCUGAUGAAAAUAAGUUAAUUGAUCAGUCUAAUCCUGAAUACGAAUUAAAAUUGAGAAUACAAGAAGAAAUUAAAUUAUUAAAUGUCGAUACUCAAAAUCUAGAUAUAAAUAACCUAAUUUGUAUACCCUGCGGAUAUAGAAGAUAUAAAGAUGUUGAAGGUAAUACAAAAUGUAAUGAUUGCCCUGAAAAUACAUUUAGCGAAUCAAUGAGUCCAACUAGUGUUAGUGAUUGUAAUUUGUGUGACAAAGGUUAUUAUGAGACGGAAGAUGUACAAAAUCCUUGUGAGGAGUGUAGCGAAAAUCACUAUUGCGUGGGUUCUGAUCCGAUAAAUGAAAAUGUAAAAAUGUACGCAAAGAAAAAGAUAAAGUGUGAAGAAAAAUCAAUAACUAUAAAGCCUUACAAUAAGAAUGUGAGUAUGUUGAAUUGUCUUUGUGUUGAGGGUUAUAUUCCUGUGACAUCUGGUUCAUCUGUGAAGUGUAUUCCUGCUCCAAAAAACCACUACAAAGAUGUUGUUGGUAACGUUCCAGCUGUUCCAUGUCCUCACGGAUCUAUAACAUUGUCCAAUGGUUCUACUUCGAAGGAUUCAUGUGUUUGUGACAAGGGCACAUAUUUUGAUUUUGUUACUAAACAUUGUACUAUUUGUCCUGCUGGUAAGUAUUGUUUGGGUGGUAAGGAUGAUGCUAUGAAUGAUAGACAGCCGAUGGAGUGUUCAGAUUCCAAUGCUCAAACUAAGGCUCAAGGUGCAUCUUCAUCAUCAGAGUGUGCUUGCAAGGAAGGAUAUUAUAUGGAUGUUGAUUCUCAGAAUGUGUGUAAGGAGUGUCCUGAGAAUCAUUAUAAAUCUUAUAUUUCUAACGAUAAAUGCUCUAGGUGUGAUGAGAAUUCAUCUACUACUGGUAAGAAGGGUGCCACAUCUAAGGAGCAGUGUGUUUGUGACCCUGGUUAUUACUUUGACAAAGGCUGUGUUUCUUGUAACUUCACUGACAAGUAUUGUCCUGGUGGUGUAAUUGAGACUACGGACGAUGAUGGUCGUUCUAGAGUUGUAACAAGAAGUCCAAUUAAAUGUCCACCAAACACAGAGAUUCCACCGGGAGUAGAUAAUGCUAGUUCAAUCAACUUUUGUAAAUGUACUAAGGGCUACUAUUUUGUAUCAAAAGAUCUGAAGAAUAACGAGAAGAUAUGCAAUGCUUGUGCUCCUGGAACUUACAAAAGUUCAGUCAGGGAUUCGAAUUGCAAUGGUCUAUGUACUCAGAAUGCAACUAGUUUGCCUGGUGCUGAAAGUCCCAAUCACUGUUUCUGUAGAUCUGGUUACUUUUAUCUGGAGGGUGGUAUUUGUAGCAAGUGUAUGGAAGGAGCUAAGUGUGAUGGUGGGUUGGUUAACUACAAGAUGAAGACUCUUAAGAAUUUCGUUGUCGACAUUGAUGACCAUGUUAAACCAGUUGCUGUUGAAGGUUACUUUUUGGAUAAGAUAAAUUUAAAGUUGAGGAAGCCCGAUGAUUGGAAGUUUAUCAAAUGUCCCAUCAAUGGGUCAUGUCUUGGAAAUGACAAAUGUUCAGCUACAAUGGAGCAUUAUUUGUGUAGUGAGUGUAAGAAGGGAUAUACUAACAACUUUGUGAAGGGAGCUUUGUGUCAGAAAUGUCCCCAAAUUCUCCCUAACAUUCUCACAGCCAUAUUGUAUUGCUUUGGAUUUUUGGUUAUAAACAUUGUUAUGGCACGACUCAACAUAAGUUCAGGAUACAACCGUCGUUCAAUACAUUCUGUCGUUAUUAAGAUUGCACUAAACUUUUAUGCCUGCACAAGUGUUCUGAAUGUUAUAAACGUCAAUGACUUAAAACUACCUGUGGGUUUGAAGAAGAUGAUAAACAAGUGGAUUAAGGUGUUUGAUUCCGAUGAUGCAGUGUAUUACACAUCAAUUGAUUGUGUGAUUAGAAGUUUAUUUAACCUGGAACAUUCUGAUUCAUUUUUUUACACGAUGCUCUAUAUGGCUUGCUCCCCCUUGAUAUUAUUGUUUGUUGUGACUCUGAUGAUGUGGAUCAUUAUGACUCUGUUUAAGGUUAUUAGGUAUAAUGAUAUUAGGAAGAAGUUGGCUUUAUUACAACAGUUUAGGGCUAGGUAUGAGGGAGAUAAUCAAAAUAGUCUCAUUGAGCAAUAUAGGAACGAGAGGUUACUUAUGAUAUUAAGAUAUAUUCCAUUACCCAACGAGACUGCAUGGGAUAGAUUUAAGAACUUUUUGGAAGAUAUGAUUCCCAUUUAUGUCACAGUUUUGUUUUCUAUCCAUGGCAAAAUUACGAGUAAGAUGCUGAGUUUGUUGGACUGUACCUAUAUAGAUUUGGGUCGCUCCUUCCCAGGCAAAUAUGUGUUGAGACCUGCAAUGAGUAUAAGGUGUUCUAUUAAUCCUUCAGCAGGUUAUCUUAGAUAUUUGAUUUUGGGUUUAUCUGGAUUGUUAGUUUGGGGUCUUGGUAUUCCAUUCCUGUCAUUCAUGGCAUUGUUUGUUAACAGAAAUAACUUGUAUGCUCCCAGCAUAAGGAUGAAGUAUGGAUUUUUACACAAUGGUUUCAGACAAGAUUAUUGGUAUUGGGAAACGAUAGUAUUUGCUAGAAAGUGUCUUGUUCUACUUAUAGGUAGUAUUGUCAUUGUUCCAUCAGAAAACUACAGUGGAUCUAGAAUAUGGAUGGCAACGGUUGUAGCCUUAUUAUUUUCGUUUCUUCAGUUAACAUGCGAACCAUUUGACGAAAGGGACUACUUUGUACUAGGAAGGUUAGAAAACCAUAGCAUGAGUACAUGGACAUUAACACUCUUACUUGUAGCAUUCCUAAUAGAAGGAAACUUUACACCUUCUUACAAUAUGUACCUUCUUUCUUUCAUCGUUUUGAUUAACCUUUUAUUUUUAUUUGAAGUUAUUUUUCAAUUAUUUGUUGCUUAUUGUCAUAAUUUUAGAAUUCAAACCAAACCACCUAAAUUUUUUAUUACAAGGUUUUUUUAUCAUUUAUUCUCCAAAAUUUCAAAUAAAAUUAAAAAUGCUGAACCAAUAAUAUUUUUUGACCCUAUAACUUGCUCAACAAACUUGAGGUCAUCUAAAAAGAUUGUCAACAAGUCAAUUUUUGAUAGUAUCGAUGUAAUUACUUACAGUGAAAAGGAUUAUUUUUCAUAUGUAAUGAAUGAGAUUAUUUGCUUUGCAAAUAUCAGGAUGAAAAUAGAUGUAAUUCCUUGUGAUUUUCCUGAGUAUAUUACUAGAUUAACAUUUGCCGUUUAUUUUAACGAAUCGUCUAAACAAAAAAUGAGUAACCUGGUAAAGUCAUUUGCAGAUGGUAACAUUGACAAAUUGGUAAAUAUAUCUAUGAUAGAGAACAAUUACAACCAAAACAAAAAUGAUAACAAGAGUUAUAUUGACGAUAACCUGGUGGUUAACCCAUCUCUAAUGUUUGACAAUGAGCUUCUUUCUAAAGGGAUGCCACUUUCUGAUUUUUAUGUAGCUUUGUCAAUUAUAAAAUUAAAGGACUUAAGAUCAAUAGCUAACACAUCCAUCCGAAAAUAUAGAGGAGUUAUUCUGUUCUGA